AUGGCGCAAAAAGCUGUCAAAACGCUGGCCGCAGCCAACACGCGCCGCCUGAACCAGACCCUCGUCGCAACCCUCGUCAUCCACCUCUUCUUCUGGCUGUUCCGCGCCCUGCUCUUCCGCUCCAGCUUCACCCGCAAAUCGCUUCUGCUGUAUCUUGUGCUUGCAUCCCCGCAGCUCCUCAUCAACUUCCUGUUUGAAAAGCAGUCACGACCUGUCAAUGCUGCGGAUGGCUCCAUCAAGCGUGCGGGGGAGGACCUCGAGGCCAAAGGUCUGACUGAGUACCUCUGGGACAUUACGUACUGGACGUAUGGUAAUCUGUUGUUGGUCACUUUCCUUGGGGAUUGGGCAUGGAUCUUCUGGGGUAUGAUUCCGCUGUACAGUGUCUGGCUGGCGUGGACGACCUAUACCGGGAUGAGGGGCGGCGGGUACCAGGAUGCUGCAGGCGUGCCGCAGCCAGAAGCAGGAACGAGCAAGAGGCAAGCCAAGUUAGAGAAGAGGGGCGGUCAGAAGGUGCAAUACCGGUAA